ACUGGCAGCACUGAUUUGCUCACUGACAGAUUGAUAGUGAUAGUCCGCCUGCUGUCUGCCGCAGUGGUGGGUUGUGUUAUCGUGGAAGACGUGUUCUGAUUAUUUCACACAAUUUAUUAUAAUUUGGGCGUUUUGUAUUAACUGUUAAGUGACUAUAACACAAAUAUACAAUAUUUUAUGACUACAAAGCCUGUGACUGGAAAACUGAGUGAAAUAUUCAAAACAGUUGAUGGAAAUAGGCAAUGCAGUGUUUGCUAUCGAGUAGAUUUUUUUAAAAAGUUGUUGUCAUUUAUUUACGUUACAAUGGGGAAAUUAUUGAGUCUGUUGUCUCGGGAUGACUCGAAUUGUUGUUCAUCGCCGCGGUACGAUAUAUUUUUGGAUUUUGAGAACGCCGCGCCCACGGACACUGAGCGCGAUGUUUAUGAAGAGGUGCAAAGGGUGCUGCUUGACUCAGAGAAAAUAUUGGAGGAGAUACAGUGUUACAAGGGGGCGGGGAAAGAGAUACGAGAAGCUAUAGCGGACCCAUCGAGGAUAUCACAGGAGCGAGCCUGGCGUGCUGUUCGUCCACUCGUGGACAAACUUCUGCGCUGCUACAAUCACUCUCUGCAGCUGCAGCGGGUAGUCCCACGGUUGCUGGGCUCGCUCGUGGGCGGGGCAAUGAGUCCCACGCAACACCUUGAACAACAGCAAGCUCUCGUCAAACAGUUCGCAGAAAUAUUGGAAUUUGUGCUCAAAUUCGAUGAAUAUAAAAUGAAGACACCAGCGAUACAAAACGACUUUAGUUACUACAGACGGAGCGUGUCGAGAGGCGGGCUGAUCAACGCAGAGCUACCUCCUGGUGAGGAGCCUCAUAUAACGGCAGAGGUCGCCAACAGAAUGUCUCUCUUCUACGCGCAAGCCACGCCGAUGCUAAAGGUGCUAUCAGAAGCCACCAGCCAGUUCGUCAAUGAUAACCAGCAAGACUUGGAGAAUACGACGGAAACCCUUAGCACGAUGGCCAAAGUCUGCCUGAGGAUGUUAGAGAACCCGAAACUGGUCGCUCAGUUUAGUCGCGAAGAGACGUCGCUGCUAGUGCUGCGCGUGAUGGUGGGGCUCAUCAUCCUGUACGACUGGGUGCACCCGUCCGGUGCCUUCUGCCGCUCCUCGUCCGUAGACGUGAAGGGCUGCGUCAAGUUCCUGCAGCAGCAGCCCCCGACGAAGGCGGAACCACUGCUGAAUGCGCUGAGGUAUACCACGAAACAUUUGAACCACCAGUCGACGCCGAAGAAUAUAAGGACGCUGCUGGCUGCGUGAGGACAGCACUCGAGCCUUGCAUGUUGCUGUGGGGAAUGAUGCGACAAUAAUUACCUGUGGGGAUACCUCGUUGGCACGCCUUUAUUUUGCUCCUUAGCGAUACAUACCUUAGUAUACGUCUAACACCAUCUCUCAUCGAUACAAUUCGAACGUCGGAUGACGAUGGACCACGACUUACGAACGCUAAAUAUACCUAAUACCUACAAAUAAGAUUACAUUCAUCCUAACAUAGAUAGGGUAACUGUAUCUAUAUCUGACGAGGCAGUCGCUAAUAAUUCAUGAUAAAUAAGAAAUUCAUAUCAUUGUGGGAUAUGGUCAUACACUGUGUCACUUGGAUGAGAGAAUGUUACGUGUCGUCUAAAUAUUAUUCAAUCUUAUCAUUCCUACAGGUGAACAAUAAAUGUAUAAGAACCUGUAUUUUAUCGUUAUCUACUGAAUCAAUUACUCUUACUAAAUUCGCGAAGGAAGAUGGAGAAAAUUAAAUAGAUAUUUAAAUUAGAAAUAUAUCUAUCAAAAUUAUAUUUUGUUUACUUUAUGUAGUUAGCUUGCUUUAAAAGCAAAAAUUUGAAAUGUAAUAAUAUUGAGAAGCUAUCCCUACACUCCCACGUUCAUGCAAGGUUUCAUUCGACCCCCUUCGUCUCUACAGAAGUCUAGUUGUCAGUCGCAACUCGUAAGUUAGCUUGUAAAACUAUGAUAGGAAGGCUUAGACACCUCUAACUUAUAAUGUAAUGAAAACGAGUAUUAUUUACAUUUAUUCUACGAUAUAAAACUGCCUUGGAUCAUAUUGAUUGGUUACCACACAAUUUAUUAGUGCAAUUCAUUCAAGAAUUUAUUGUUAUUGUUUAGACGAGUACUGUGGCGUAUCCUUUGUGAUGAAUUGAUGAUGCACCUAAGUGUCGCAGAAUGCUAUGGACAUUUGAUUUAUAUUGUCAAGUUGAUAUAACGUUAUUAGGUAGGUAUUUAGUCAUUAUAUUAUGUAUUUUACUUGAUACUUAGGAGAAAAGGAUAUGAUUGCUAGAUGUACUCAGGAAACAUGCUUCCAGUGUUGGGUGGUAUUAAUAGAUAUUGUAAAUUUUAUUAUACUUAGCACAAAUUUUAUUAUUACGCACACCUCCGUACUAGGAGGGCAACAUGCGUAUGUAUUCGGUUCCAAAGAUUUAUUCAGAACGUUCAUUAAUUACUACUUAUUUCGCUCACUAAAUAAUUCGUGCGAUGUAUUAUUUUUUAAAAGACUGAGAUAGACACUCGCGAAUAUUUAAUUGCAUUUCUCGUAAUACAGUUCCAUUUCUUUUGAUUAAGAAACCAGAAAUGUAUGAAUCAUGAUAUGCCUUAAUGUAUGAAAGAAAUAGGCGUACCUUAUAACAGAUGUGAGUAAGUUCAAUGCCUUUUCUAAAAUUAUUAUAAAAUGUUAAGUAGGUCGUGUUAACAAUGUUGAAUUUAUGCAUGUACCACUGCCUUGAUGUUAACUAACAUAAUAAUUUUAAAUUGAAAUUUAUAGGAAUAAUGUACCUAAUAUGAUUCACUAUUUGAUGUAUAAACUCAUAUUUAAGUAUAACAAUUAAGCGUGUAUUUUUUAUUUACAAGUUUAUAAGUAUUUACAUCAUUAUCCCAGUUUAGUUUGACUGGCUAGCCAGAGUGCUGGAACAAGAUAAUAUACUAUAUUUUUUAAUUAUAUUUAAAGCCGCUGAUUACGCUCAAAAUAUUUUGCAUGUUGAAUUUAUUCUACGUAAACAAAAUCUCGAUUUAUUGAUCAGAUUGAAGUUUUUGUUUCAAUCUUCUCUGGAAUAAGUAGAUACUCAAAUUGUAAACGGAAUUUAUUGUACGAACGAGUUGACGAAGAUUGAAAGCAAUUUGAAUUAUGUAACGUCAUUUCUUGAAUUUCGUUGAAUACAUAUAUUUGAUUUGACUGGUGUGAAUAUGCUUCGAGCCAAUAUUUUUGACUGUUCUGUAAUCCGCUGUUGUCCAUUUUCCCAUAUGACUUUUUCUUCAGAUCGGUAAAAAACUUGGCUCGUCGUGUAGACCGUAAUGUUAAAUAUACAAAUGUUAAUUAAAAUCUAAUUUGUUAACCCAUUCAAUUCAUAUUCAUUGGUACGUAACAUAGCUGUCAGUAUAUCACUAAGCACAAACACAUGUCUUACGUGUAUAGUUUGUUAGAUUAAGUAAAAUUAUGAACUUAGGACGGUUAGUUAUACUAUGCACAGUCAGCACAAUACUUUAUUAUAGUUAUUAUUAUAUUUAAUAUAGUACCCUUGUUGAAUAUUAUCUUGUAAUUGCGACUGUUGCUUGCAUGUAUAGGUACGACUCAGGUGUGCACUCCGAAUUGCAUUUGCUGUGAGGAAUUGAAGGUUUGAAUAAAUAAUAUCGUUCCCUAAAUUAACACUGCCCAAAUAAGUAAAUUUUAUACAAUAUUUUUUUAAUAAUACAUAAGUUUUCUAAAAUUAUUCCAAGAUAUAAUAAUUCCAUUCACUCCAUGUUGAGUCUAAGCAUACUUUGAGCAAAGUUAGUAGUGUUUAGAUGGGCGGAACUAAAAGUAUUGAAUGCUUAUGAUCGUAGAACACUAAAUUAUAGGAGGGACUCUCUAAAGUCGCCGUGAGUGUUUGUGAGUAGAAAGAAACCGUUAUAUUAUUUAAAACUGUUUACGUUAAAACUUUAAACAAUUUAGGUACUUGCAUUAUUUACUCAGAAUUUAUUAUAGCACUGGCAUUUGUUAAUACUUUAGCAAAAUCUUUAGUAAAUUCUUCUAGAAAGUUAAUAAAAUGCAAUCAUAAUAUUUACUAUGUGGUUACGUGAAAUUGUUGUAUGCAUUAUUUGAACUGCAACAUUUUGUUAUUGUUUAAGGUGGUUUUGUAUGAUAGACCUAUUUUUCUUAGUUAUCAUUUAUUUAUUGUAUAUAAUAAACACACCAAAGUUAUAAGUAAUAAAUAAACUUGGAUAGAUUCUUGUAAACUGUUGUUUUAUUUUAAGUAAAAGUCGUAUAAACAAUGAAACAAUUUAUUCUUAGCUUAAAAAAUAUGUACAUUGAUGAUGUGCUAGGUGUUGGCGGGGCGUGGCUUGAGGAUGAGCUUGCCUGUGUCGUCACACGACAUGUUGAAGUCGUUGAGUACGGAGCGCGUGCGAGCCGUGAUGAUGCUUGGCGCUACUACCUUUCUGUGCACUCCCAUCAUGAAUAGCAA